CCCGCCCCGCCCCUCUGCGCGCCGCCGGCUGCGGGUCUGGGCGAGCAAGCGAGCCGGUUCUCAUUUAACAUGGAAGAUGAGUUCUUAGGAGAAAAAAGCUUCCAACGUUAUUGUGCAGAAUUCAUCAGACAUUCACAACAGAUAGGCGAUGGUUGGGAAUGGAGAACAGCCAAGGAAUGUUCUGAUGGCUACAUGUGCAAAACACAGUUUCAAAUAAAAAAUGGGACUACGACAUCACAUCUGGGAACACCUGCCAAUGUACAAACGUGUCUUCCAACAGAGGAGAAUUUAGAGCUCCUGGUGGAUGAUUCUGAAGUGACAGAGUCCGCAGCAGCGUCCGAAGCAAUUAAAUACGAGUACCAUGUCUUAUACUCCUGCAGCUACCAAGUGCCCGUUCUCUACUUUAGGGCAAGCUUUUUAGAUGGGAGACCUUUAGCCCUGAAGGAUAUAUGGGAAGGAGUCCAUGAAUGCUAUAAGACGCGACUGCUGCAGGGACCAUGGGACACCAUCACCCAACAGGAGCACCCAGUGCUUGGGCAACCAUUCUUUGUUCUACAUCCCUGCAAGACAGACGAAUUCAUGACUGCGGUGCUGAGACGCUCUCAGGAAACCAAUAGAAAUGUCAACUACAUCACAUCCUGGCUGAGCAUUGUGGGGCCAGUUGUUGGUCUGAAUCUACCUCUGAGCUAUGCUAAAGCAUCAUCACAGGAUGAGUGAUGACGAGCGAGAAACUGCGGCAUGGAGGACGCCAAGAGUAUACCUGGGAGGCCCCGGUGUUUAUGGAAAUGGGACUGCAGUAUCUCAUGUCACCAAGAUUUGAUGCAGAUUUCUUUCCUUGAGAAGAAAACGUCUGCAAACCUGUUUGGAAUAGUGGUUGUGUGGAAGGAACACUUCACAGAUUCAGAUCACUGUAAAGAGCAAAAAUGAAUCUAUUUCAGUGAUGUUGUAGUUCUGUUCAUGUGACUCUAAAAGCCAUAAGUCAUAAAUAUUCUUGCUUAUAGUAAUGGUGAACACGUUGACUUUGGCUGUGUGCUAAGUGUCCUGAGUUUAGAUGAGCAUCCCAGUAACUGAAUACCACUGUUUUCAUCAGGGAUCACACAGGUCCUUUUCCUCUAGACAUAGUUCUUCUGUUAUGGAGAUUGAUAGAGAAAUGUGUUUGUGUGUUCAGUUUCAUAUAAGAUGUAUGAAAAUUAAAAUGUAAAACUUACUUGUCAAAAUAAAACUGUUCCAUUAUAAAUCAAUGUCAGAUGUUUUGUUACAGCGAGAAAAACAGAGGCACGUGUGGCCAGAGAUGGCUUUGUGAGAAGGGGUCUGUACUAGGGUGAGGCAGCGCUCCUCUGGAGAAUCAUGGAAGUCUGUAAGAGCACCCCAGUCCACAUCUGCCAGGUAACGACUGAACUCUGAAUGAGCAGAAGUAGAAAGGGCUCAUCUAAACUGCUAGGAAAGCUACAU